AUGGGGCACCCACAACUCGCGGCCUCCUCCGCCUCUUCCGACUCAAAGUUCGGUAAGAAACGCGGCAGUUACAACUGCGGCCGCUGUGGCCUCCCAAAGAAGGGCCAUAUCUGCACCAUCAAGACCUCCACCACCCCUUCACACUCCUCUCACUCCGCCGCAUCCGCUCCUUCCUCCGUCUCCGUCGAUCGACUCCCUCCGCUCCACCCCCGCCGUGCUCUCUCCUUCGACGAAGAAACAGACAGACUCGAUCCGUCGGAGUCCGCGGCCGCGUGGUUCCAGGGAAACGACCUGAAUUCGACUGGGUUGCCCGGGAAUGUUCUUUGGGAUGUGCUAACGAGGCUCCCGCCUUCGGGACUCCUAACGGCGGCGAAGGUGUCCAGAGGCUGGAGGGAUAUGACGAGGAGUUUGUGGAAGGCGGCGGAGGAGUUAAGACUUAGGGUCCCGGUGACUGUUCAGGUGGGUUUCGUGGCAUCGAUGUUGCAUAAGUGUCCGGGAAUUGUGAAACUCUCUCUUGUAAUGGAAAGUGACAUGGAUUCGACAAUGCUGGCUUGCAUUGCAUUUUCGUGCCCCAACUUAGCAUUCUUGGAGAUAUCGGUUUCUGAUUCUGCAGUCAAUCGAAUCACCGGGAGUGAGUUAGGUCGAUUUGUUGCUGAUAAAAAGAGCCUCAAAAGCCUUAAGAUGGAAGGUUGUUCUAACCUUGGAGGGUUUGUUCUUUGUUCUUCUAGUCUUUCUACCCUUUGGCUGUCGCAUCUGUACUCUCUUUCUAAGAUGGUUUUUAAUUGUCCUCAGUUGCGAGAGAUUUCAUUGAAGUUUGCUCAGCAAGAAAAUGACAGUACUGAUCUUGCAACUAUGGUUGAAGGUUUGGGAAGAAGUUGCCAGAGGCUGCAAAACAUACAUAUAUAUUCAAUGCAACUUUCUCAUACUACUGUGCUCGCUCUUACUGCUGCUCAGUUAAGGGGCCUGCGAAUGCUUUCACUUGUUCUUGGAUCUGAAGUUACUGAUGCAUCUGUUGCUGCAAUUGCAUCAAGCUAUCCAAAUCUGGAAUUGCUUGAUCUCAGUGGAUCCAGCGUCAGUGACAGUGGCAUUAGCAUGAUUUGCAAUGUGUUCUCUGAAACAUUGUCAAGACUCCUUCUCGCUCUUUGCCCUAAUGUGACUUCAAGUGGCAUUCAAUUUGCUACGGCUCAAUUGCCACAUCUUGAAAUUAUGGACUGUGGCAUGACAAUAUGUGAACCCGAUUCUCACAAUCCAAUUACUGAUGAAAAUAACUGCAAACUGCAGAAGACAUCUAUUACUAAUCUACACCUUACAAACCAAAAGCUAAUCAUCAAACAUAGUUGUUUAAAGAAACUUAGUUUAUGGGGAUGCUCAGGCUUGGAUGCCUUAUAUUUAAACUGUGCUCAACUCAAUGAUCUGAAUCUAAAUUCUUGUAGAAAUUUGCAUCCAGAGAGACUGUUGCUUCAAUGCCCAAGCUUAGAAAAUGUGCAUGCAUCUGGUUGCCAGGACAUGUUGAUUGGAUCUAUCCAAAGUCAGGUUUGCGACGCUUUUACUGAUUUGGAAAACCUUUCACAUUGUAAACGUUUACCUGAUGGCUCCAAAAGGGUUCGGGUCCCUCAUCUAGUGAAUACAGAGUCGGCCGAUGAUGAAACGAAGCGAAGUAGGAAAAAGAGACGACUUUGUAACGUCCUCCUGGAUUGA